AUGGGAGGAUGUUUCUCCAAACCCAAACCAGUUGAAGUCAAAGUGGAACUCUCUCUCCUGGAAAAAGAAAAAGAAGUGGAUGGCCUUUCACCUAAUGGCAAGGCCAGUCCUUUCGCAGACUACAGACCCAACGGUGCUCUGGGACACAGCUCGGACGACGACUCCACCUUGCUCCAUGUUUACCACAAAUCACGCGACUAUGUGGAAGCCUCUGUCUGUCAUGUCAAGGAUCUGGAAAAUGGACAGAUGCGAGAGGUUGACUUGGGAAGUGGUAGAGCAUUGCUAAUUAAAGAACAUGGCGAGUUCUCAGCAAUGGGCCACAAGUGUCCGCACUACGGCGCACCACUGGUCAAAGGUGUGCUGUCAAAGGGACAUGUGCGCUGCCCGUGGCACGGCGCUUGUUUCAACAUCGCAACAGGCGACAUUGAAGACUUUCCCGGCUUGGACAGCCUGCCGACCUUCCAGGUCAGAGUUGAAAAGGACAAGGUCAUCAUUCGAGCAAACAAGCAGGCUCUUCAGACGCAGAAACGUUCAAAAGCCAUGGCCCGAUGUUCUGCUGUCAUAAACUCCAGCACAGCCUUCACUCACGUUCUAAUUAUCGGUUCAGGUCCAGCAGGUCUAGUGUGUGCGGAGACGUUGAGGCAAGAGGGUUUCACUGACCGUAUCGUCAUAUGCACCAUGGACAGACAUCCUCCCUAUGACAGGCCUAAACUGAGUAAGUCCCUAGACAGCACAGCGGAACAGCUGAGGUUGCGCUCCAUGGACUUCCUGCAGGACCACGACAUUGAAUUGCUCACAGAAAAAGAGGUUGUGGCAAUAGACGUGAAGACACGGUCGGUCACCUUUGAAGAAGGCUUGAGGAUGGAAUACAGGAAACUCUUUAUUGCUACAGGAAACAAACCCAAACCUCUGAACUACAAGGGAGGGGAUGUCAGGAAUGUGUUUCACCUCCGGACGCCUGAGGACGCUAACAGCAUAGCAAGGCUGGCCAACAACAAGAACGCCGUGAUUGUGGGAACAUCUUUUGUUGGCAUGGAGGUGGCUGCUGCUCUGACUGACAAGGCCCACUCAGUCUCUGUCAUUGGGGUGGAGUCAGUUCCAUUUAAAAAAGCCCUUGGUGAAAAAGUAGGGAAAGCCAUCAUGAAGCUCUUUGAGGCAAACGGGGUGAAGUUCUACAUGCUGAAUGAGGUGUCUGAGAUGAUUGGCCAUCAUGGACAGCUUAAGGAGGUGGUCCUCAAGAGUGGCAAAGUCCUGCGGGCUGAUGUUUGCGUCAUUGGAGCAGGGUGUGUUCCUGCAACAAGCUUCUUGAAACAGAGCGGAAUUCACUUGGACUCAAAGGGUUUCAUCACUGUCAACAAGAUGAUGCAGACAAAUGUCGAUGGGGUCUUCGCUGGGGGAGAUGUGGUGACCUUUCCUUUCCCGCCACGCAACAAUAAGAAGGUCAACAUCCCACACUGGCAAAUGGCUCACGUGCAUGGAAGAGUAGCAGCGCUCAGCAUGGUGGGCAGAGUCACUGAGAUGAAAACAGUGCCUUAUUUCUGGUCAGCCAUGUUUGGAAAGACCAUACGCUACGCAGGUUAUGGAGACGGUUUUGAUGAUGUCAUCAUUCAAGGCGAUCUCGAUGAGCUGAGAUAUGUCGCGUUUUACACCAGGGGUGAGGAGGUCGUUGCUGUGGCCAGCAUGAACUAUGAUCCCAUUGUGUCACGAGUGGCUGAGGUCUUAGGAUCCGGAAAGACGAUUAAGAAACGAGACGUGGAGACUGGAGAUAUUUCCUGGUUGAUUGACAAGGGCUCCCAAUAA